AUGUCAAGCCAACCUCUCCUCCAGACAGCGCCUGGCAAGCGAAUUGCUCUCCCAACCCGAGUCGAACCCAAGGUUUUCUUCGCCAAUGAACGAACCUUCCUGUCAUGGCUGAACUUCACUGUUAUCCUCGGUGCGCUCGCAGUCGGCAUGCUGAACUUCGGUGACAAGACUGCUUUCUGGUCAGCUAUUGCCUUCACAUUGGUCGCUAUGUGUACGAUGAUCUAUGCGCUGUGGACCUACCACUGGAGGGCGAAGUCUAUUAGACAGAGGGGACAGGCUGGGUUCGACGAUAAGGUUGGACCGACAAUGCUUGCUAUUGCUCUGCUUGUCGCUGUGUCUGUCAAUUUUAUCCUCCGGGUUGUCAACUAUGAUAAGAUUGGCCAGAAGCUUUAA